AUGAUGGAACAAAAACUAUCUUCCGAUCAUGUAUUGAAUAGAACAUUUAAAUUCAAUAAAUCUCGUCGAAUCCAAAUAAUUAAAAAUUUUAUGUAUCUACUUGGAUUAUUAGAUUUUCUUCUACAUUAUGCUAUUUUAGUUGAAAUGGAUCUAUUUAAACAGAUUUAUUUAAGUUUUACACAAAUUUCUGAUUCGCAUUCAACAGCAAUUCCAGUAUGUGAAUUACCUAUUAAACAAUAUUUACCGUUUAGUCUAUCUCAAAUGAGUUUAUAUAUUUUUUGUCUCGCGAUUUUAUCAUUACUACUCUUAACUGAAUCUAUUCGGAAGUCUUCACCUGAACUCUAUUGUUUCUAUAUCAUAAUUAAAUGUAUACUUUCAAUAACAUCAUUUAUUCUUUGUAUUAUCUAUAGUAUCGCCUAUCAGAACAAGUCUUUCAUACUACCAUCUCUAAUUCUACCACAUUCACAAAAUGAAACUAAUUCUAUUUCUAUAACUAUCGAUACAUGCCUUAUUUAUACACGUGAAAAAAUAGCAAUCAAUAUUCUUGCUAUAUCAAAUCUAUUUCUAUGUUUCAUUAGUAUGGAAUGUUCAAAAGUAUUUUCUUUGUUAAUAGAAUAA